ACACCCAUUAAUAUUUUUAAUUGUGCGAUAUUUCCAAACUAAAGAAAUAACAUUGUACCACCAACAUAAUGUAUUAUAAAUGUAUUUUGAUGGUAUUCGCAGCUACAUGCGUGUUAUAUGCAUCGGGACAGUCCUACGAAGACAAACGAUGCAAGUGUGUGUGCCCCAGCCUUGCAGCCAUCCUCAACAACACAAAUGGCUCUGAUCGUAAACUCUACAUUGCAAAUGUUCCUCCUAGUAAAUGUGACUGUGAUGGGGUAAUCCUGCCUCAAGUAGACGCAGAGAUCAAAAGUCGUGGGCAAGAGUUCUGCCCGCGAUGCGAAUGCAAAUAUGAAAACAGAAACACCACCAUCAUCAAGGUGGUAGUGAUCAUAGUGAUCUGGGUGAUCAUGUUGCUGGUGGUCUACAUGGGUUUCCUCAUCUGCUUGGACCCACUCAUCAACAAGAGGGCCAAAGCUUCUUACCAAGAGCACACUAAUGAAGAUGAUGAGGGCUCAGUCAGUGGGCCGUCGCAGCAGAUGGGCGUACGGGGCAACGUAUUGAACCGCGUCACUCAUCAACAGGACAAAUGGAAGCGGCAGGUCCGCGAACAACGACGCAACAUCUACGACAGGCACACAAUGCUCAACUAAGCCUAAUGGAAUGCACCUGGUCGCUCUUCUCACGAUACACGUUGGCUUACGUGUUACACUAUUAAUUUAAUACCUACAUAUAAUCCACUUUUUAUGUAUGAAUGUUACACACAGCUACUUUUAGCAGCGCGUCUGCGGCGCAUCUAUCUUUACACACACGUGCGACUUAGUAGCGAUACAAUCGCGAUGCAAAUGCGUUCCACGUUUUUAAUUAAUUUAUUUUAUUAAUUUAUUUCAAUUUUAAAUUUACAAUUAAUAAUAAAACAAAGUGCAUAAACCUAUACAGAUAUUUCGCACAUAAUGGUUCAACAUAAAAGUGGUUACACAGUCGCGCGUUUAUAAGUCUUCUUAAAGUCGCGCGUGUGUGUAAAAGUAGACGGUUAGCUACUGCAUCGCGUUUACAUCGCUGCCUUUAGUUAGUCAGUUACAGUCGCCGUGUGUAACCGCUCUAUGCAAUCUGGAUUCACCCCUUUGGACGCAUGGUUCGUCCACAAAACGCCAUCAUUCAAUAUGUUGCAGGCCCCGUCGAUGGUGUUUGAAUUUACAUAAUACAUAAGUCCAAUUAAUUAAUAAAAUGUAUAAAUAUGCUUUUGCAAAUCUUUCAGUAACUUUUAAUGUUAAUAGUUUUAUUGAGCAAUUGUGUGUGUUGCCUUCCGAGUUUCCAAAGUAUUUCGAUUAUCUUUAUGCUGUUAUUGCUUCGUUUGCUAUUUUAAUGUAGACUAAUUGAAUAAGUAUAUUCAUUGGGUACAAAAAAUUUAGUGUUCGUAAUUAAAGUGAUUAUUUUUAAUAACAAUUUCAACCAUGUAACGGUUAUUAUUAUUAUUAUAUUAGACAAGAAUUUUAAAUAUUACUUACAUAUUGCUGCGAAAAUUCACAAAUGUUUAAAUAAAGCAUGCUGCACACUUUCGGACAUGUUAGAGACACAAGUGCGACAAGAAUUUCAUACUUACGUGUCGAUCGAAUUAUCGGAAAGUCGCACGCUUUAUGUUUGAAACUAGUGUAGUCUCACAAGCAAUAAUCCUAACUAGUAAAAUAGUCCUCUAGUUAAAUAAUAUUACAGCUUUUCUACCUCCAAACACGCCACAUUGUUAUAAAAAUACUUUUUGAACAACAUGAAUAGAGUUGCCUGUACAUAUACAUUGCUACCAUAUGUCACUGUAAAGGAUAUAAUGUGUUCGUAUACAUAUAUCAUUAGAUAACAGUAAAUAAAGCAACACCUGUUAUAUGUGUAAAGAGGAUAUCAUUAGAAGUGUUACCACGUUUUUCAUGCGAUGAUACAAUGAAAAAUGCUGACGGCUAUAAAAAGAGCAAGCAAUAUUGUAAUUUUGUAGCAAUCAGAAACCAUAUAAAACUUUCUCGUGGUAGCCUGUAAUUAUUAUGUGUGUGUGUGUGUGUGUGUGUUUUAAGAUAACAUUGUAAUUAUUUGUAUUUUAUAUUUUGUACGUACUUUUGGUGUAAAAGUAUCAAUUUUAUCUUUGUAGAAUCUAAAACGAUACAUUCACUGCACGACGUAAUGGCCAACAUUCGAUAGGCUUGUGUUGGU